UUUUCCUCUUCAUUUACUCUCCUUGUGUAAUCUGAGAGUGCUGUACAGUGCUGUGCUGAGUGGAGACAUCCACAGCCCUGAGUUUGGUAACAGUGCGCACUUGGGAUCGACACACUUUUACACUUUACUAACUUGAUGGCUAUAAAACUAUACAAAAUGAGAGGUUUUUGGACGUUUCUUUUUGCCAGCGUUUUGGGAAGAGCUACGUGGGGUUUCCCACGGACAUGUAAACCUGGCAGCUAUUCUCAAGGAAGGUGCAGAACUCAUCAAGAUGACCAACCCAAAUGUACAGAAAUCAUGUUGACAUACUGUAAAGAUAUGCCCUACUCCACCACCAUGUACCCUAACCUUCUGGAUCAAAAAAGUCGCAUUGAGGCUGAGCAGAGUGUGGAGUAUCUGCUUCUGAAUGUUGUUCAUUCAGUGCUAAACGGGGAGUGCAAUCCAGAUAUACGCAUGCUGGGCUGCUCCAUCAUAGCACCUCGCUGUGAGAACCGUAAGAUCCUGAAGCCCUGUCGUAGUACCUGCGAAUCUGUGCACAAAGCCUGUGACCACAUGUUUGAGCGCAUUGGAAUGGCCUGGCCCUACUAUCUAGACUGUGACCGCUUUUUUGUUAGUGAAGAGGAGGGCUGCUAUGACCCACUGGAAGGACUGAGAGAGAACGCGGAGCCUGAACUGGAUAGCAUUCCAAUAGAGGCCUCAUCAGUAAUCCCAUUCACGUAUCACUCCAACAAAGAGAUGUUCGCCAUCCUCAAUAAGACAGCAGAAGAAUGCUCUCACAUUUCAAGGACAUACAGCAUUGGACAGAGUGUUGAAAAGAAAGACCUGCUGGUAAUUGAGUUUUCAAGCAACCCUGGAGAGCAUGAACUAUUGGAGCCAGAGGUCAAGUACAUUGGUAACAUGCAUGGAAAUGAGGUGAUCGGCCGAGAGCUGCUGAUUUACUUGGCUCAGUACCUGUGCUCUGAAUAUCUGUUGGGAAAUACAAGGAUCCAGACUCUCAUCAACACCACACGCAUCCACAUUUUGCCCUCCAUGAAUCCUGAUGGCUACGAGUUAGCUCUUUCUGAAGAGCACAGAGGUCCAGACUCAGAGUAUGAUGAGGAUGCUGUAUACACUAGCCAUGUGGCUGGCCGUUACAAUGCCCAAAAUAUAGACCUCAAUAGAAAUUUCCCAGACUUGACUUCUUCUGUCUACAACCAGCGUAGACUUAAGUACUUUCGCAAUGACCAUAUUCCCAUCCCAGACUCAUACUGGCUUGGUAAGGUUGCUCCAGAGACAUAUGCUGUUAUGAAAUGGAUACGGUCCAUUCCAUUUGUUCUGUCUGCUAGCUUUCAUGGAGGAGACCUGGUGGUGUCUUACCCUUAUGACCUCUCAAAGGAUCCUUUCCAAAAGAACAUGUUCUCCCCUACUCCAGAUGAGCAGGUUUUCAGGCAGUUGGCCAAGAUUUACGCAGAUGCCCAUGCUACAAUGUCUAGCCCAGACACAGAACGGUGUGGUGGCAACUUUGCUGAUAAAGAGGGAACUGUGAAUGGGGCUCAGUGGUACAGCAUACAAGGAGGGAUGGGAGACUUUAAUUACCUCCACACAAACUGCUUUGAGAUAACAGUAGAACUGGGCUGUGACAAAUUUCCAGCAGAGGAAGAAGUAUAUACAAGCUGGAAAGAAAAUAAAGAGGCUCUCUUGACUUUCUUGGAGUCGGUGCAGAUGGGAAUUAAAGGUAUUGUCAAAGAUGAAGAUGGUAAUGGAAUUAAAGGAGCCAUUGUGUCAGUUAAAGGGAUCAGGCAUUCCAUCACCACAGCUGAAAACGGUGAUUAUUGGAGACUGCUGACACCAGGCAUCCACAUUGUCAGUGCCUUUGCACCAGGUUAUAGCAGAGCCGUAAAGAGGGUGCACCUUCCUGCUCACAUGCAGACUGCUGGUCGUGUGGACUUUGUGCUUAAGAAAGUACCAGUGGAUCCGGAAAUUAAUGAAUUAAACAUCCUGCAUAUGGACAACUAUGAGCGAUUUGACCCUUAUAAGACCCUGGCACGAUAUUACACUAGGGAAUCUAAGCCGAGGCAGGAGGAGAGACAACAGAAACCGUGGUGGUGGUCCUAUUUUACACAGCUGAAUAACCAAAACCCGUCCUGGCUCCUGAGAAAUUAGCUCCAUCUAGUGAUCUGGCAGUACUUUCACAUCUUGCACAGCCUGGGUCAGUUUUAUGGGCAUUAUUGAUUAUUGUAGACAUAUAAAAACGUAAAAAACCUCUACUGAGAUAUCACAGCAUGGUCUACAAGCUUAUAUCAAACAAAUAUCCAUUAUCUAUAUCUGUAUUAAGAACAAAACCUUGAAUAUACUUACUAGUAUUACUGUUGCACUAUUUUAAUAUCUUAUAUAAAAUAACCUUUAGAACAAUGUGUCAAAAAGUAAUGAGAUAUUAAACUUAAAUGGAAGUAUUGGUAAUGUGUCAAAAUUGGGUUCAAGUGAGUUUUGUAGUUGCUACUUAACAGUAUUAAAAUGUAAAAUAUUGCUCAUCUGAUCUGCUAGAAGAAAACAGGCCACAUUAGUUAAUCCUGGGCAGUUAAUGUUAACCAAAAGGUAGUGCCAGAGGCGAUCAUCCUCCAAUUCCAAACUACUGUUCAGUAGCCUAACCAGCUUCAGAUACAGUUGAGCUAUAGCUGUUAGUACAUUGUGUAACAUGAAAAGGUUGAAGAUUUUUUUAUCAUAUACAUAUUUUUUCCACAUCAAUGAUCAUGAUCAGAUGCUAAAUUGUGAACCCGUUCCAUUGAUAAAUAGUGUACAGGCAUCGAUUGGAUGAGAAAAGAAGAAAUAUGAGCACUUUAAGUAUAUUUGGAAAUGUAAUUAAAAAGUGUGCAAGUAUAACAUUCCACUAAACUGGAGUAAAGUAUAAAUAUAUCAUAGAAAAAUGAUACAUCAAACAAUUUACAGUGUCAAGACAUGUUGGUUAGAGAUAGAAUAAAGUUUGAGUUAUUAAAUUGCAGUGUGUAUCUGUUUGUGCUAUUGGGAGAGACGUUAUUGUGUCCACUAAAGGGUUGAGAAGUCAAGUUAAGUCAAGAAACUUUAAGUGUCAUUUUGAGCAUAUACAGUACCGCUCCAGUGCAAGACUAGAAGAUAAAUAAUGGAAUUAAUUUCAAUUAAUAUAGACUGAUAAAACAAUGCAACAUGCUGCAGGGAUUAGACAAGGAUAGUUUGACUGCCUUAUAGAUUCUAUUGUGAAAGAUCUUUUUACAGCAUGUAAAAUAAUUAAGGAUGUUAAUGUUGUUUUAAAAACGUUAUAGGCUCCUGCUGUCGGUGAUCUUAAGAGACUGGGAGAAACAAAAGGUAAUGGAAAGAAUGAUGGUUCAUUGAACAAUGAUUCCUCAUGAUGGUACAGAUGAAGUCAGGAGGAAAGGAAAAGCAAAUCAGAAUGUUACAGUGAGUCACAGGUGUGGAAAUUUUCCUUUAAUAGCAAUUUAAACCUCUGUGUGUCAACGGGUGUGUUUAUAAUGUGGCCAUUAGGGUUUAAAAAGUUAUCAUUAGGGUUUAAAAGGAGUCAAACAACUAUGUGUUAAGUGAUGACUUCUUGCGAGCACUAUCCUAAAAUAAGAAAAAAAAUACUUUGCAUUACCAGUCGUAUUUUCCAAUGGCAAUGUUUAGCUAUUUCUUUCCAGGUAUGCAAACUUUUGAGCACAACUGUAUAUGCCUAUAUAAAUUGUGCAUUUUAGCUGUCUAUCACUUCUGUUAAAUAAAUAUUAAAUGCAUGUAUUCCUGCAUGAUGAAUUGUGUAAUAUAAUUAAUCCAACAGGGGGCAGUGGUGUUCCAUUAAGAUAAUGAUUUCAUAAACUUUUAGCAUAAAUGUACUUAAUCUAAUGGUUGAGUGUAAUAUAUUUUAUUAUACUGUAGACAUAUUCAGCACUUUCUAAUCAAUUUACAGUACUAUUUGUUAAUAGAUUUGUUUUAGCAUGUUAUAUAAUACAUGUUUAUUUGCUAGA